GCUUGGCAGCCGGGCUGUGUGCGUGGGAGCGGGAGGCCGGGCGGCGCGGCGGGCAUGGGCGGCGGCGGCGGGGAGUGAGGGGUCCGCUACGAUGUGGCUAAAGCCUGAGGAGGUGCUGCUGAAAAAUGCCCUCAAGCUGUGGGUGCAGGAGCGCUCCAACCAGUACUUCGUGCUGCAGAGGCGGCGGGGCUACGGCGAGGAGGGCGGAGGCGGGCUGGCAGGUCUUCUUGUGGGAACAUUAGAUGCGGUAUUGGAUUCUACAUCGAAAGUCGCCCCAUUUCGCAUCCUGCAUCAGACACCAGACUCUCAAGUCUACUGGUCCAUUGCAUGCGGAUCCAGCAGAGAAGAAAUAACAGAACACUGGGACUGGUUAGAACACAAUGUUAUGAAGACUUUAUCAGUAUUUGAUUCAAAUGAAGAUAUUACAAGCUUUGUCCAGGGAAAAAUAAGAGGUUUGAUUGCUGAAGAGGGAAAAGGUUCUUUUGUAAAAGAAGAUGAUCCUGAGAAGUUUCGUGAAGGUCUUAUGAAGUUUGAAAAGUGUUUUGGAUUGCCAGAGCAGGAGAAGUUGGUUACCUACUACUCGUGCAGUUACUGGAAGGGCAGAGUGCCCUGUCAAGGAUGGCUUUAUCUUAGUACCAACUUCCUUAGCUUUUACUCAUUUUUGCUGGGAGCAGAAAUAAAACUUACUAUCUCCUGGGAUGAAAUAUCGAAACUUGAGAAGACUUCCAAUGUGAUUCUGACGGAGAGCAUUCAUGUGUGCUCCCAUGGGGAAGAUCACUAUUUUUCCAUGUUUUUGCACAUUAACGAAACGUUCCUUCUCAUGGAGCAGCUGGCAAACUAUGCUGUUAGGAGACUUUUUGACAAGGAGACAUUUGAAAAUGACCUAGUCCUUCAUGACCCCCUGCAGAUCACCAAGAGAGGCCUAGAGAGCCGAGCCCACAGUGAGCAGUUUAGUGCGUUCUUCAGGCUACCCAAAGAAGAGACCUUGAAGGAAGUUCAUGAGUGCUUCUUAUGGGUUCCUUUCAGUCAUUACAACACCCAUGGGAAAAUGUGCAUUUCAGAAAACUACAUCUGCUUUGCUAGCCAGGAUGGCAGCCUGUGCAGUGUAAUCAUUCCAUUAAGAGAGGUCACAGGGGUGGAUAAGGCAGAUCCAGCCAACAGAGGAGUCAGCAUUAGUACCAAAGGAAAAACAGCUUUUCGUUUCACGGAGGUUAGAGAUUUCGAACAGCUUGUGGCAAAGCUCAGAAUGAAAUGCAAUGCAACUUCGAGUCCACAACACAUCAUGAAUACAGAGGUUGCAGCUAGUUCUGCCUCUGACAGUCCAAAGGAUUUUGAUGCAGGACCAUCAAAGAUGGGUCAGAGAGAUAACAGCAAAACUGUCAGUACAGAAGCCCUAAUGACUGUCUACCACCCUCAGGAUGCUGAGAAUCUAGACUCUAAAAUGUUGAAAGAAAAAAUGAAAGAACAGUCCUGGAACAUCCUCUUUGUCGAACGGGGACAUGGUGUCAGUAUGUUUCGAACAAAGAAGACUCGAGACCUGGUUGUAAGAGGGAUCCCGGAGGCAUUAAGAGGAGAGCUCUGGCUACUCUUCUCAGGUGCUGUAAAUGAUAUGGCAUCCAACCCUGGUUAUUACACCGAGUUGGUGGAAAAGUCCUUAGGAACGUGCACUUUAGCUACUGAUGAAAUUGAACGAGAUUUACGUCGCUCCUUACCUGAGCAUCCUGCUUUUCAAAGUGACACAGGAAUUUCUGCGCUCAGGAGAGUUCUUACAGCGUAUGCAUACAGGAAUCCCCAAAUUGGAUAUUGUCAGGCAAUGAAUAUUUUGACAUCAGUACUUCUGCUAUAUGCUAAGGAAGAGGAAGCAUUCUGGCUUUUGGUUGCUGUGUGUGAAAGGAUGCUACCCGAUUAUUUCAAUCGUCGAAUCAUUGGUGCCUUGGUAGAUCAGGCAGUGUUUGAGGAGCUCAUCAGGGUUCAUCUGCCUCAGUUGACAGACCACAUGACGGACAUGACUUUUUUCUCCUCGGUCUCUCUCUCCUGGUUCCUUACCCUUUUUAUCAGUGUGCUGCCUAUUGAAAGUGCAGUCAAUGUGGUGGACUGUUUCUUCUAUGAUGGAAUAAAGGCAAUCUUGCAGCUGGGUCUCGCAGUGCUGGAAUACAACAUGGAGAAAUUGCUGACUUGUAAGGAUGAUGCAGAAGCAGUCACUGUUCUCAACAGAUUUUUUGACAGUGUCACUAACAAAGACAGUCCUUUGCCUCCAGCUGUGCAGCAGGGCUCCAGCCUCAGUGAUACAAAGAGUGACCAUCCAAAAGUGGACAUUACUGAUUUGAUCCGAGAAUCAAAUGAAAGAUAUGGCGAUAUUCGAUAUGAGGAUGUUGAGAGCAUGCGCUGCAGGAACAGGCUUUAUGUGAUUCAGACGUUAGAAGCUACGACCAAGCAGAAUGUGCUACGUGUUGUGUCCCAGGAUGUAAAAUUCAGUCCUAGUGAUCUUGAAGAGCUUUAUGAAUUAUUCAAGAAGGAGCACUUUCUUUCCUGUUAUUGGAAUGUAAAUAGUCCCGUCUUACAACAUCAUGAUGCCAGCCUGCCAUAUCUUGACCAGUAUCGGAUUGAUUGCCAGCAAUUCAGGGUUCUCUGUCAUCUCUUGAGCCCCUGGUCACACUGUGCAAACAGAGACUCGCUUGCAUUGUGGACGUUCAGACUGAUGGAUGAGAGCUCCGAUUGCCUUAUAAACUUCAAACAAUUUGCCUGUGUUCUUGAUACCAUGUAUAAUGGAAGUUUCACUGACAAACUCAAGCUUCUUUUUAAGUUGCACAUCCCUCCAGCUUUUACUGAAGUCGAAUCUCUGAGCCCUUCCAAAGGUGGUGAUCUUUCAAAAGAAGAACUGAUCCACUUCAGCCAACUCAGUGUUUCAUCUGUUGGGGAUAGUCUUGAAAAUUAUUCUCUGAAGAGCAGCCCAGAAAAAGUAGGGAAGGGGAGGGUUGACAUUCAGGCAUAUCUGAAGCAAUGGCAAGAUGAACUUCUUAAAAAAGAAGAAAACAUUAAGGAUUUGCCAAGAAUGAAUCAGUCUCAGUUCAUCCAAUUCUCAAAAACUCUGUACAAUCUGUUCCAUGGGGAUCCCGAGGAGGAACUGUUAUAUCGGGCUAUAGCGGUGGUUACCAGCCUCCUGCUGAAAAUGGAAGAAGUUGGGAGAAGACUGCAGAGUCCCACAUCACCGGUCCAAAGUCCAGUUGCUGUUACGGAGGUGCCUGCUGAAAUCCCCAGAAAAGGGCAGGAGGAAAACAGCUCUGAGCAGACUGAAGGCAGCAGAGCACAGAGAUUGAGAGGGAACCAUGAGUGGUCUUUUGCCUUUGAACAGAUUCUGGCAUCCUUAUUAAAUGAGCCAGCCUUUGUGAGAUUUUUUGAGAAACCUCAUGACAUAAAAGUUAGAAUAGAGAGUGCUAAAAACUUACAACUUAAAGCAAGAACCAGAGUGUAAUUUUCUUUACCUUUGACUCUGAAUUAACCACAUAAAGCGCUUACAAAUGAAGGUUGUUAGUGUGGAAAUUGAGUCUGGUGUUUAUAUAGGGAAUGAAGUUUGAAGGGAUAGCUUUAGCUAUCAGAAUACUGGUAUGUAAUGUAAAUAAAAAUAAUUUGAAGCACAA